CGCAUCAUCAGGUCCAUAGCAUGUCGGUGGCCUUCUCAUCUUCUGCUGAGGAUGUUAUCCAGAGAAAGCUCGAUGUUCAGCGAAAGCCUGUUGCGAGCAAAGGACACGACAUUGAGGAGCUUUUCGAGUUGAAAAGAUGCGCGGAUUGGAUACGCGCGAAGGCUCUACAGCGCGUGGCGUUGCAGUUUCCAGAUGAGCUCCUCGCUCUUGCAGUGGAAACAGUGAAAUAUCUUACAGCUCUAGUACCUGAGACAAAACUUUACAUCUUGGCCGACACUUCGUUUGGGAGUUGCUGUAUAGAUGAGGUUGCGGCACAGCACUCGUCGUGUGACGCUGUGAUACAUUUCGGGCAUUCAUGCCUUUCUUCCCCUUCAACACUCGAAGCUCUCCUGAUAUUCGGUGUUCAUCGAGUCGAUUGGGAACCCCUCAGGAAGACACUGAACGCCGAGACGAGAUACGAUGAUCUUUUGGUAUUCGUAGAUACCAAGUACUGCUCUCAUCUCGAUGCGCUAAGAGAAUAUCUACCGGAGAGCGCAAUCAUCGGCAGACCGCUCAACCCAGGAGAAGAAGAGAUCGAUACCCUCAAGGAUGGAUCUCAGAUCGCAUUGAGACGGCGAUUUGAAACGGACAGGCCUCUCUCUUCCGAACAUCCGAGACCGAUACUCUGGAUAGGUGAAGAUAAUAGAGCCCUCGAGAGUUUCAUUCUCCACUUCAGCUCAUGGAGCUCGAUGUGGUCGUUCAAUCCGGAAACCUCUGAACUGCGCCGAGAAGGUUUAACGAUAUCGCGCAGUCUGAUGCGACGCCAUUACUUAGUUGAGAAAGCCAAGGAUGCAGCCAUCAUAGGAAUCCUCGUGGGGACACUGGGGGUCAAGAAUUUCCGGCUUGCUAUAGCGCAUCUGCGAUCUCUCGUGAAGAAAGCCGGGAAGCGGAGUUACACACUCGCCGUGGGGAAACUCAACGUGGAAAAACUCGCGAAUUUUCAAGAGAUCGACAUCUAUGUCUACGUUGCGUGUCCUGAGAAUACUUUCUUCGAUUCAAAAGAAUUCUAUCGGCCUGUGAUCACACCCUACGAGCUCGAAGUUGCACUGAAUCCUAAUCGGGAAUGGGGCGCCCAAUACUUCACCAACUUCGACGACAUUCUGCCUGGCGGGUGCGCUUAUGUUGAACCUCCGGACACUUUCGAACUUGAUCGAGAGUAUGACAUGUCUCUUGUGUCUGGUCGAAUCCGAGGAGUAGGAGGCGGUUCAGCGAAGUCGGCUGAGGCUCACGAUGACUCUAGCUGUGGGACCCUCAUCAAAAAAGAACAAACUAUUUCGAUAGUGCACGACGGUGGAGCAGGGGAUGCCCUGAGUCUACGAUCUUGGAAAGGGCUGGACCCUCAGGUCGGUCAGACACCUGUGGCCGCAAUGAAACAAGGAAGGGACGGGAUCGCUGCGGGCUAUGCUGAGGAAGGUCAGACAGUGUCGUCAUCCGAGUCGAAUAAAACCUGAUGUCGGUACAUUCUUGAAGAACUGGGAUUCAUCUGAUUGGAUGCAGAUGUCUCGAUCGCCAAAGCAGUCGGAUUUCGAGUACUUCGGUGCCCUUCAGAAUAAACGCUC